AAACACAUACACACACACAGCACCAAAUCUCAUCUUCGUCAAUUAAACAGUCCGUCGUCCCCGCCGUUUUCGUUCUGGUCUUUCCCAAUUCUCACUCCUCUUCCAUCCCUCUUGUUUCUCCGAUCGUAUUCGCAUCCACACUGAUCCAUUUCGAUCCCAGCGCUUUGUCGAUCUAUGAAUUAUUGUUAAUUUCAUUUUAUUGUUUUACACUUGUAUUGUCGGGUAUAGGAUUCAUAUGAAUUUCCGAUUAUCUGUUAAAGUUAGAUCCUAUUCGGAUUCUGUAUUCGAUGGAAUUGCAUAGUCAAAGAAUGGAAGCUAUGAAUGAACAUCUCAGAGUUUAAAAAUGCCCGGAGUAACGCAAAAAAAUGGUCAAUUCAGUAACGGGUCAUCGGUGACGUACAAGCUUUCGGCCAAUGGAUUUUGGUCCAAGAAUAGGGAUGAUGUUAACUACAAUCAGCUCCAGAAGUUCUGGAGUGAGUUGUCACCACGAACUAGGCAGGAACUCUUGAGGAUAGACAAGCAAACCCUCUUUGAGCAAGCUCGUAAAAACAUGUACUGCUCAAGGUGCAAUGGGUUGCUUCUUGAAGGUUUUUUGCAGAUUGUUAUGUAUGGGAAAUCCUUACAGCAAGAUGGAGCUGGCGCUCAUCUUAAUUGCAAAAGACCUGGAGGUUUGAAAAGCCAGAAUAAUACUAAUAGUGCAUUAAACGUGAUGAAUGGACGCUCAGAUGAAAUUCAAGAUCCAUCUGUCCAUCCUUGGGGAGGUUUGACCACAACACGAGAUAAUUCAUUGACACUUAUGGACUGCUACUUGUACUCUAAAUCUCUGAAAGGAUUGCAAAUUGUCUUUGAUGGGGCACGUGCAAGGGAGCGGGAAAGAGAACUGCUCUAUCCUGAUGCAUGUGGUGGGGGAGGUCGUGGUUGGAUAAGCCAAGGAAUAGUGAGUUAUGGCAGAGGGCAUGGGGCAAGGGAAUCAUGUGCACUGCACACCGCCAGACUUUCAUGUGAUACACUAGUGGAUUUUUGGUCAGCAUUGGGAGAUGAGACCAGACAAUCUCUUUUAAGAAUGAAGGAAGAAGAUUUUAUCGAGAGACUCAUGUACAGGUUUGAUAGCAAGAGAUUUUGCCGAGAUUGUAGGAGAAAUGUAAUUCGAGAAUUCAAGGAACUCAAAGAACUGAAGCGCACCCGUAGAGAACCUCGGUGCACUAAUUGGUUUUGUGCUGCUGAUACAGCCUUUCAGUAUGAGGUUUCUGAUGACUCAAUUCAAGCUGAUUGGCGACAGACAUUCACUGACACACUGGGAUCAUAUCAUCACUUUGAGUGGGCUGUCGGGACAAGUGAAGGAAAAUCUGACAUUUUGGAGUUUGAAAAUGUUGGGAUGAAUAGAGUCGCUCAAGUCAAUGGCCUUGAUCUUUGUGGCCUGAGUGCAUGCUUCAUCACUCUGAGAGCUUGGAAGCUAGAUGGACGAUGCAAUGAACUUUCUGUGAAAGCUCAUGCAUUGAAGGGUCAACGAUGUGUACAUUGCAGGCUAAUUGUAGGAGAAGGUUAUGUUACAAUCAUUAAAGGGGAAAGCAUCAGAAGAUUCUUUGAGCGUGCUGAAGAGGCAGAGGAAGAAGAGGAUGAUGAUUCAAUAGACAAGGAUGGGAAGGAGCUUGAUGGAGAAUGCUCCCGUCCACAAAAGCAUGCGAAGAGCCCAGAACUUGCUCGAGAAUUUCUUUUAGAUGCUGCUACUGUUAUUUUUAAAGAACAGGUUGAAAAAGCUUUCAGAGAAGGAACAGCUCGCCAAAAUGCACACAGUAUCUUUGUUUGUCUUGCACUUAAACUUCUAGAGGAACGUGUUAAUGUGGCAUGCAAGGAAAUUAUUACAUUAGAAAAACAGAUGAAACUUCUUGAAGAAGAAGAAAAGGAAAAGCGUGAAGAAGAAGAACGCAAGGAGAGGAGAAGGGCUAAAGAAAGGGAGAAAAAAUUUAGGAGAAAGGAACGACUGAAAGGAAAGGAGAAAGAUAAGGAAAAAAAGGGUUUUGAAUCUAGUAAUGCUUUUGACUCAGCUGAAUUUUCAAAGCAAGAAUUAUCUGCAAUUGCUGAUAUGGAGGAAACGAAUCCUAGUAACUGCGGGGAUAAAGCUAUCGAAAAAGGUGGUGCUAAUAUAUUGGAGGAUGAAUCUACCAACAUCCAAGAGGAAGAAAUAGAUGGUGAAUUAACUAUGACAUUGCAAGAUCACUCUUGUAAUGAUUAUGAUGGAGAAAUCAUCAAUACAAAAACUAGUACUGGUACUUUCACAGUUGAGCAAUCAAGGCUUUCUCGUCGGAGAUUAAGAUAUAGGAAAGAUUUUCAACCGGAUAUGCCAAUGAAGUGGUCUGACAGACAACGUUAUGCAGUUGUUUCAGAAUGUGGUGCAAAGGUUGGUAGAUCCGAGACGAGACAUUGUGGUGAUGCUUUUGUGCUUUCAUCUAGGGGAUUCAAUGGAUCAAAUAGGAAGUCGAGAAUAAAUGCUUCAAAUUUCAAUGGUCGACAUGGUGGUCCUAAGAAUAACGAGAAGCUCCACUGUCCCAAUAACCACAUGACUGAUAAGUGUGACUUCCAUUCUUGCAGUUGUAAUGUGAAUAACGAAUAUAGGAUAAGGGUUGACCAACGUUCUCCAAUGAGUAGAGUUAGCCAGGAGAAAAGGCCUACGAUUAAGUCUGAAUCUGCAAUGGACGUGUCUAAGCAGUCUUAUUAUGGUAGUAAGUAUAGCCAAGUAGACCUUAUGUAUGAUAGUUGUGGAAGAUCAAGAAGCAGAAUCAUCUCAGGUAACUCUGCCAGCAGGGAUUUGCUUCAAUCAAAGAAAGUUUGGGAGCCCAUGGAAUCAAAGAAGUACCCUCGUAGCAAUUCAGACUCAGACGUUACAUUGAGUUCUGUUACUUUAAAUGCUCAAAGAGGUCAGUCUGAUAAUAUGAUCAGAUCAUCUGCUGACGAAGCUGGUUCAGGCGAAGUUGAUCAUGGGCAUCGAGGCGGUCAGGAUCUUCUUCAAGAAACAGAGUGUUUGUGCAGUUCCACGGAAGCUGCUUCUGAGGAACCUGAAUUAAGUCCAACCAGGGCAUCUAUCUCGAAAGCUUCAUUGGAUCCCAGUCAAGGCAGCACUACUAAUUCUGAUAACUGCUCGUCAUGCCUAAGUGAGGGUGACAGUAACACAACCUCUUCGAACCGUGAAAAUACAGAAUCUUCAACCACAUCUGAUUCAGAGGAUACUAGCCAACAAUCUGAAGAAAGAGAAAGUUCAGCACGCGUUGAAAAUGGCUUGUCAGACUCUUUCAAAGUUGGAGUGGGGAAAAAUCAGAAUUCAUAUGGAGAGGGUGUGGCAAGAAGGCUACCAUUUGGCGCCUCCUUGGACGGAACAGGAAGUGAUGGAUUAUGCGACCCUGUGACAGAAAUUUCCCACACUUCGGACAAUUUUUCGACCACCAAUUUGUGUUCUCAACCUCAAAGCAAGCUUCAUUCAGUGCCUAACUACAACAUGCAAUUUCCAGUCUUCCAAGCUCCUUCGACAAUGGGUUUCUACCGUCAAAAUCCUGUAUCAUGGCCAACAGCCUCGGCAAACGAGUUGAUUCCCUUUCCGUACCAAAACCACUAUCUGUAUGCUGGGCCUCUUGGGUAUGGCAUAAAUGAGGACCCGCACUUCUGCUUGCAGUAUGGCGCCCUACAGCAGCCCAUGCCCCUAUUCAACCAUGCCAAUAUUCCAGUUUAUCAGCCAGUCGCGAUUGCCAAAGGAUUAAAACCGGAGGAACGAACUCAAAUUUCUAAGCCGGCUUCAAUCCAAGAGCAUGUUGAUGGAUCUACAGCAGAGAGGGUUGUUUCAGCUGGAGCGAGCGCCGAAAAGCCAGCGUUGAAUGGGGAAGUUAGAUAUGAUAACUCAGCCAAUUCAACAGGCAAAAACGACGUUUUUUCCUUGUUUCAUUUUGGUGGGCCCGUAGCUCUUUCCGCAGGUUGUGAAUUAACAUCAGCGUCUUCAAAUUGUGAAGCUGUUGAGAAUUUCUGCUCCAAAACUUUGGCAGAUGAUGCCCAGAACGAUCAUUCUUGCAAUAAAAAGGAGACUACCAACAUGGAGGAAUACAACUUGUUUGCGGCAAGCAAUAGCUUAAGGUUUUCGAUUUUCUAAAAUGAGGCAUAAGAUGGCAGUUAUGUGUAGUCAAUUUCUCCAUGUAUGGUAAUGGAGGUUUGACUGCCUUGUAAUUUGGCGAGCAAGCAAGAGUCCUUCUGCGGUUUCCAAUUUUACUUUAGUUUGAUGAGUUUUGUCUCCUUGUUAUUCGGUUGAAAUAGAGAAAGAUCUGGUAUUUUGAAGUUUAUUUUAUUUUAUUUAAUUUUUUGGGGUUUGUGUGAGGUCAGCUGUUUUUAAGCUCGGACGAAGCACGUGUACAUGGCAAUUUUUUUUUUUUUUUACCUUUUGUCAUGCUGGAAUCAAAGCUAUAAAGGCUUUAUUGGGUUUUUUCUGUAUUAAAGUGGUACAUUUGCUUGACUCCAAUAUUGCUAAAUAUUACUCCUUUCUUCUUCUA